CGCCGCUUCAGAGAAACAGUUCAACCUAGACUAACUGUAAGCGCUCCAGUUCCCUUGCGCGAGUAUACAUAGCAGAACACCCAGCCGACUAGGCUGUAUGUAACCGGGAUUGUGAGGUGAUUUGACUGCAAAUACGAAAAGCGAGCACAUUGCAUCGACGAACAUGAGCACUACAGUGAUGGGGAAAAGCAUCUUUGCGAUCGGCGCCUUUUUGACCGCUUCUUUGUACAAUUUUGCAGCUUACAAGAAAGAAACUCCAUCGGAUGUACGGGUGCAUCUUGCGGUCCAAGAACGUACUGCCAGUGCUGAGGACGAUCGCAUAACCAUGUUGCCCGGCUUAGACUACGAUCCAGGGUUUGAACAAUUUUCGGGGUAUUUGGACGUAUCGGCAACGCGACACAUAUUUUACUGGUACAUGGAGAGCCAGUCUGAUCCUGCCAACGAUCCUGUCGUGCUCUGGACCAAUGGCGGACCGGGAUGUUCAGGUUUACUGGGCAUGGGUGCUGAGCACGGGCCAUUCUACAUUUCAAAAAGUGGGAGGCUUCACGACAAUCCAUACAGUUGGAAUAAGGUUGCCAACAUGAUCUAUUUUGAACAACCUGCUGGAGUAGGGUUUUCAUAUUGUGAUGCAGCGGAGGACUACAUCACUGGCGACGAGCAAGCAGCAGCAGACAACUACAACUUUAUUGUGGAGUUCUUGCAGCGCUACCCAGAACGCCAGACUAACGACUUCUACGUAUCGUCCGAGUCCUACGGGGGUCACUAUAUUCCCCAAAUGACUUUGGAAAUUCUUCGUCGUGAUAUUGACCAUUUCGUCAAUUUCAAAGGAUUCUUGCUUGGAAAUCCAUAUGUGGACCCUUUAUCGAACAUGGUAACUCAGUUUGAAGCUUACUAUAGCCACGGUCUCAUAGCCAAACCGCUCUUUGACGAUUGGAGUAAAAAAUGCAAGGAUUCUAACUACUGGAUGUCCAGAGAAUGUGACCAAAUCACCACAAACAUGUUCAAACAGUUUGGACACGGUAUCAAUCCGUAUGCCUUGGAUUAUCCGGUUUGUAAGAAAGAUGCUGCUGAGUAUUCCCAUCUGGAGCGACCAGUCAGCAAUCCUGCUUUUAAGCCUUGUUCACAAGAGUUUCUUGAAAACUAUUUGGAUCGAGAAGAGGUGCGGGAUGCCUUGCAUGUUGCACCGAGUGCUAAGCCCUGGGAUGUUUGUGGAGGCGUACGAUACUCGAAAUCUGACGUAGAUAUUCCGACGAUUGGGCUUUACCAAGAGCUUAUCGAUCAAGCCAAAGCCGGCAAGCACGAUCUCAAUAUGCUCAUUUAUUCCGGCGAUGAUGAUAGUAUCUGCUCGACCGCCGGGACUCAAUAUUGGCUCUGGGAUCUAGCCGAAGCAUCAUCAAUCUGGAAGGCAUGGCAAGCUCAAGAGCAAACCUCCGGAUUCGUCACAACUUUCGAUCUGGGAGACAAGACCAACGCUACCUUCACAUUUGUGACAGUGCACGGAGCUGGCCACGAAGUACCCUCCUACCGCCCUGUGGAAGCUCUGGAGAUGUUUCGACGGUUUCUAGCACAUGGGUUCUAG